AUGCAUCUGGAGCCCCAAGAGUCCAUGAUAUAUGGGCAGCGACGAACAGACCCAGAGUCAUCCGCCAAGAACGAACAUGAAGCAAGAACGAGCGAUUCUUCUGUUCCCGUCCCCCUGAAUCGUCCUCCCGGCCUAUAUGACACCCCGAGCACACAAAAACGCCAUGAAAUCUUAUCCCGAGCAGUUAUAAAGGUGCUGAACAGUAACAUCGCAAAGAUCACCUAUGGAGAGAUACUUUCAGGUCUGUUUCUCAACGAGACACGGAACAGUAUGCGUGGGCAAAUGUUCCAGUACACUCCUUAUAGCGGUUACGGAUACACCUCUGCAGAGGAAGACGCCAGGAGACGUUUGGUUUACUUGUAUACAUAUUGCAACCGGAACACAUUUCACCCUGACAUGGUGGUGACCUUCCUGAGGCCUGAAGACUAUGCCGCUUACCUAAAGGUACCAAUGAGUAAUAGAACAGCGUGGGGCAACAACUUGAUCUGCACGAUUGUGAAGGUUGUUCGCCAGGUGGCUGUUGAACUCUAG